GGGCAACGGGUCUGGGUCUCGUCCGUCCCUGGUUCUGCACCUCUGCCGGCAGCCGCACAAGUUUAUUUUGCGUAAAACUUUAUGGGGCUGUAGGGCCUUUUGUAAGUGGGUGUGCCCAAAGAGUCUCGAAAUUCUUCUCCUGAAACUGUUGGGGUUUGGUGGAGCAGGUGUUGCCGCUGUCCCAGUGUCUGUAACCUCUGAAUGCAAAUUCUGUCAUACGUAAAUAGCAUUUUCGUUUUCUGUUUUAAGUUCCUGCAGAAUUGUGAUGUACCCAAACAGCAUGCUAAAUUCCUGGGCUCUGCCUUGCUGUUCUUUCCAUCUGGGUUAACGUUCUCGUUACAUGUUCCGUUCAGGUUUUUGCUAGAAUGAGAAGUCUUUGACAAAGGCAUUUAUUUUAGCCGUCCUUGUCAUUUGUAGCAGUGGGUGCCCUGCAUGUGGUACUCGGAGGACUGCUGGGCUAAUUUAGAAACAAAUUGUUUCUAUUUCAAGUUUCUAAGAGAACAUUCUCAUCAACAUUCGAGUUCCCACUAAGAUCUGCUUGCGGGAGGGAGUAAAAUGAUUCUUACUGCCAUGCCUGAUGCAGCUGACGCUCCUUAGCUGUCUGUGAAAUGCAGAGGGUAAUCACUGCCCCUUCGGGGCUCGUAGUUUGGACCUUGGUGAUGGCACCUACAGCCCAAGUGGGAGACCAAGACUGUUGGGAGAUCAAGCAAAAAAGGCACGGGAAGCUGAGGGUAAAAAAAGUGAAAAUGAAGAAUUUAUAUAUUUUUAUUGCUGUCCUGUUCAUCCCAUGGAGUUUUUCUUUGGCAAAGUAUGAUGAAUUCGAGGAUGGAGAUGACAUUAUGGAAUACGAUGAUAAUGACUUUGCUGAAUUUGAAGAUGUUAAUGAAGAUGCAGUCACAGAGUCUCCUCAGAGGAUCAUCACUACAGAAGAUGAUGAAGAAGAAGCAACUGUAGAGCUUGAAGGUCAGGAUGAGAAUCAGGAAGACUUUGAUGACGCAGAUGCACAGGAGGGUGAUACUGAGAGUGAACCGUAUGAUGAUGAGGAGUUUGAAGGCUAUGAAGAGAAACCAGAUGCAUCUCAUAGCAAAAAUAAAGACCCCAUAACAAUAGUUAAUGUCCCUGCUCACCUUCAGAACAGUUGGGAGAGUUACUACAUGGAGAUCCUGAUGGUAACAGGACUUCUUGCUUACAUCAUGAAUUACAUCAUUGGGAAGAACAAGAACAACCGUCUGGCUCAUGCAUGGUUCAAUACUCACAGGGAGCUGCUAGAAAGUAACUUUGCUCUUGUCGGGGACGAUGGCACUAAUAAAGAAGCUACAAGCACUGGGAAACUAAAUCAAGAAAAUGAACAUAUAUAUAACUUGUGGUGUUCUGGAAGGGUGUGCUGUGAAGGAAUGCUCAUCCAGUUAAAGUUUCUUAAGAGACAAGACCUGCUGAAUGUUCUUGCCCGGAUGAUGAGGCCAGCUUCUGACCAAGUGCAAAUAAAAGUAACAAUGAAUGAUGAAGACAUGGACACCUAUGUAUUUGCUGUUGGAACGAGAAAAGCACUGGUGCGACUUCAAAAAGAGAUGCAGGACCUGAGUGAGUUCUGCAGUGAUAAACCUAAGUCUGGUGCAAAAUAUGGGCUUCCAGAUUCACUGGCUAUCUUGUCAGAGAUGGGGGAGGUCACAGAGGGAAUGAUGGAUGCUAAGAUGAUACAUUUCCUCACGCACUAUGCUGACAAGAUUGAAUCUGUCCAAUUCUCGGACCAGUUCUCCGGUCCAAAACUUAUGCAAGAGGAGGGUCAGCUUACAAAACUGCCCGAAACUAAAAAGACACUUCUGUUUACAUUUAAUGUGCCUGGUUCAGGCAACACUUCCCCAAAGGACAUGGAGUCUUUGCUGCCUCUGAUGAGCAUGGUUAUCUACUCUAUUGACAAAGCAAAGAAGUUCCGUCUGAACAGAGAAGGUAAACAAAAAGCUGACAAGAACAGGGCUCGUGUGGAAGAGAACUUCCUCAAACUGACCCAUGUGCAAAGACAGGAGGCUGCCCAGUCCCGUCGAGAAGAGAAAAAACGGGCAGAGAAGGAGCGAAUAAUGAAUGAAGAGGAUCCUGAAAAACAGCGUCGGCUGGAGGAAGCCGCUUUGCGGCGUGAGCAGAAGAAACUUGAGAAGAAGCAGAUGAAGAUGAAGCAAAUCAAAGUGAAAGCUAUGUGACUCCAUUGUGAGAAGCAUCUCAGUGCCACCUGCAGACUUUCAGUUCACAGGGUACAAAGACCUACUUAACUCCAUAAUCCUACGCUUCUUUGAACACUAGUAGCCAUUACGAGAAAUGUUCCUUGCAUUGGUGUUACUUAUUUAAGUAUUACAGCAACAUGCAGGUGUAUGUAGAGAGCUUUGUCUCAGCAGUUUUAUUCCAGGUGGUACAAAUUUUUGCUACUUGUCUGUUUGGAAAAAAAAUAAUGCAAUAUUCUUGAAUGCUUUUUGUCAUUUGUUCUUUAAAAACGGAAGAUUGUAAACCUGUCCACAUGUGCUGGUAACAUAUUCACGCUUUGGUUUUAAGGUUUGGUUUUAGUUGUUGGGAGGGAAGGGGGGAAAACUAAGGGGAAGAAAACUGCACAAUAAACAUUUACUGUGUGUUUAUUUGCAUCAAGCUUGUAAAGGCACAAAACAUAGAGCCUUCCAUACACAGUAUGGAUUCUUCAGGGAUUUAAGCCCAGUAGAAUAGAAGUGAUUUUUACUUUCUUUUUUUACAAACAAGGGACUGAAACAGUAUUAGGUCACCUGUGGACAUGACUGGCAUAUGUGUAAAACAUACAGAUGGGUUAGAUACAAGGGAAUGGAAUACAUCAAUAGUUUCCUCCUUGUGAUUUUGAAUGCUGCAAGCUUAAUACAAUGUGAAGUCUGUAAUGUCAGCAUGGAGUUUGUUCAGGAGUGAGCACCUGGUGAGUUAGCAGCUUCAGUUAGCCUUCCUUCAAUACCAACUGCACAAGUUUGCCUCAAAAGCUUCUCCCGUUCUCAGCAGCUGCUGCCUAGUUCACUUCAGCGAGAUGCUAGAUUUGGUGAUCUACAGUUGCCAGUUUCCCCAAGCAAGUAAAAAAGUUUCAGAGGAUGUGUAUCCUCUUCAUCUGGUAAAUGAUCAUUUCAGGCUUCUUGACUAUAAAUGGGGAGAAUGAAGUGGAUGCCCCUGUGCACACUUUGCUGAGAGAGCUCUGCAUUUUAUAAAUGCUUCACGUCUAGAAGGCAUGAUUGUUGCUUGUAACAGACUUUUCAGUUUUUGGGGAAACAGUUUUGCAUUUUCUUGUUCAAUACUUUGUGCAAACUUGCAAACUGAGGCAAUAAGAACGAGCUGCUGUUGAAACAGAAAUUCCUUAAAACUUUUUGUUCCAGCAUGGGAUACUUCACACAGAUUUAAAUGCAAAUGUCUGUAACCUGGUACAUGCAAAUACGUUAAUUUUAUAAUGGUUGGUAAGAUUAUUUAAAACCAAAACUAAUGUAGAUAAUGUGAAAUUUUAGCACUAUUUUGCUUUAAAGAUUAAACUGGUAUUGUUUCACAGA